AUGGACAGAUUGACGCUGGUGAAUAAAGAAGACACUUCGGAUAAAGAAGUUCUAGCGUGUUUCCGUCUAGCAGAUGUGCUCGAAUUGUGCUACUCUGGAUGUUUGAUACAAGAUAGGGCAGUGAACUGGAAUAAGAAAUCUACGUUAUCGGGGUCAUUUCAGAUGUUCACGUCCCAGGUGAAAAUACCCAGUAAGUUGGGCACUCCAUACGAAAUAGAAAAGGAUUUUACCUCGGUGGAGGGAAGCAUCAGGAGCACUGAAAGUGAGCCUGCCACUGUCGACAUUGACGAAGAAACCAGAUUGCGAGUAGAUCAAUUGGAGAAAGAGCACAUCGCUUUAACAGAAAUUCGGAAAGUAGAACUGCUACCACUUUUGCUAGAUCUAAUAGAAGAACUCAAGUUGGGAAAAAUCGAACCGAAGGAUUUUGACAAUGCUGCUGGUCGGAUAAGAGCUCAAAUUUCCAAAAUAAGAGGUCUACUGGAUAACGUUGAGGGGCUUUCAGAGAGCAGUGAAAGCAGAAUCAAUAAGCUGAGAGAGCUGGACGAGAAGAUAACUAGGAAAAGACAGGAGUUACUAGAUUUCAGGGAGAUGGUGAUGAAGCGUGAUCACACAGUUAAGUAG